AUGGCGCGCGACGGGGGGGUGACGCGAUCGGAUGCGGCGAACGACGCGCGGGAUGAAUCUGGAUGGAUUUUAAACAAUCGGAAAUGGCGGGAAAGUUUGCAGCGGCGAGUACCGAGAGGGAUUCGAUGGAUGUUCGGUGGGAACGAGUCGGUGGACGCGGCGUGUGCGGAGGAUGAAUAUCGACGGAGGAUUCGGGCGCUGCGGAACGAGCUCAGGGGGGAGCGGGAGCUGGUGCUGGAGACGACGCGGGAGUUGGAGUUGGUUAAGGCGAGGGCGGCGGACGCUAAAGUUCGGAGCGAGCGGGAGCGGGCGAAGAGCGUCGAAGUCGUUCGAGAUCUGGAGCGGGAGUUGGAAAAUGCGAGGGCGGAAGCGUGUGCGGCGAAGGAGACGGUGCAGACGUCUCGCGAGGCGCAAAUGGAAGAGUUGUUGGAGACGACACGCGAGCGUUUGGCGUUAGAGACCACGGUGCGCGAGGCGGCGGAAAAGGCGCUCGCGACGGUGCAGAGGGAAUUUGAUGAGAUGGCGACGCCGGCUGAACGCAUGAAGGGUCUUCUGGAUGAGGCGAUGGAAUCCAUGACGGCCAUGAAGGCGGAAGUGGAAGAACUUAAGCGUCAACGCGCAGAGGCCCUGGACGAAGCCACGGCGAUGAAACUCGCGGUGACGCAAACGCGGAAGGAAAACUCGAUUUCGAUCGCGACGCUGGAGAAAAAGAUUCUCGAACUCGAACGGCGAUCGGAGAACGCGAAGGAGAUGCCGUCGUUGUCGACUAAGGAGAAUCAGUCACCGCGGAGCGCGACGAUCGAAGCCGUGAAUGCGUUCAUCUUUGAGUACUUUGCGUCAAAGAGGUGCGACAGUGUCGGCCUGGAUGAACUCAUCGGCGCAAAACCAAAAUCCAUGAAAAUCGAAGACGUCCUCGGCGGGCUCGCCGAGCGAUGUAUCGAUCGACCGGGUCGAUCGGCGAGUCACAUGGUCGUCGUCCACCAAAUCUAA